AAAUCAUCUCUUAAUAUUUAAUUCAAAUUAUAUGUUAUUAAUAUGGUUGUAUUGUUUUUAUAAAUUUUAAUGUAUUCAUUUUAUAAUAAAAAUGGGUAAAUUUGUUUUGUUACAUUUCUCAUGGAUAACUUCAGAUUUCCCUGCAAACACAUACCUUAACGUAGUUGGAAAAAGUCAAAUCUAUUCCAACUUGUUUUAUUUAAUUCCAAUGUUGGAAUGACUAUUGGGGCCAUUGACAAGUCCACUCUUUCUAGAAAGGGUUGGGGUCCCAUCUCCCAAAUUCACUCUGGCUUACAGAGGAAGUUCCACGGCGAAGACCUCUUAUAUGUGUAAUAUGUCUGCAUAAAACCUCAGACAACACAUCCAACAACCAAGAAUCAACCCAAACCAAAGUGAAGAUUGAAGAAGCCAUGUCCAGACUUCCCCCUCAACUCCCCCUUGAAAUCUUCAUCGACAUCCUUUCGAGGCUCCCUGUUAAACCUCUGCUACGUUUCAAGUCUGUAUGCAAGUCUUGGCGUUCUUUGAUCUCCAAUAAUCCUGAAUUCGCCAAGUUUCACCUUGAACGUGCUAAGCAAGACACCAGUGAUAGCUGCCACAGGCUCUUUCUGGCGACUUUUCCGUUACAGUCCAUAGAUCUCCAAGCUUACUGUGAUGGCGAUGACAGUACAGCAACUAGAGAGCUCAGUUAUCCAUUGAGGAGUGAAAGUGAACUCAGUUUCGUGGGAUCUUGCAAUGGCCUGAUUGCUGCAGUUCUUGACUCUAACCCACAAAUCAUUGUGUGGAAUCCUUCUACUGGACAAUCCAGGGAAUUAUCAAUGCCCAGUUGCUGUUUUCCAGAUGAUAAGCUCUUUUCGGGAUUUGGAUAUGAAUCUCACCUUGAUGAUUACAAAGUAGUAAGAGGUUCCAUCUCUGCUUCGAGUUCUGAAGUUGAAAUGGAGGUCUUUAACUUGAAAGGUAAUGAGUGGAGAAGAAAAACAAAUCUCCAUUGUAGUGCUGCUUUCACGGGAUCAGCUACUUAUCUAAAUGGGGUUCUGCAUUGGCUGGUUGAGGAAAAGUAUCCAAACAGAAGAUAUCUGAUCGUUUCGUUUGAUUUGGCAGAGGAGAAAUUCCUAGAAAUGGUAACAGUGCCAGAUCAUAUUUCUCAAAACUCUCACUUGGAUUUAAAAGUUCUAAGGGGAUUCCUUUGCGCCUGUAAUGGGACUUACGAUCCAUAUUACGAGGCUUGGAUAAUGAAGGGAUAUGGCCCUGAAGCUUCUUGGACUAGAUUGUUUAGUUUCUGCAGUGACCCAUUACCAGGAUGUAAAUAUUGGCUUCAGGUGUUAUGGGCUGCAAAGAAUGGUAAUAUUGUGCUUGAUUAUGAAGGAUGGGAAUUAGUUGUUUUUAAUCCUGAAGAAAAGACUGUAAAACAAUUUACAGUACCCAAUGAAUGGGAUUGCUUUGAAGCAACUACAUACAUAGAAAGCCUUGUCUCCCCAAAUGCUGCAGUGGAGGCCGGUAAUUAAAAUGGAGAGAACAAGCAACAGAAUGAAGCAAUCGACACAGAUUAUAUUAGUAUUAGUAACCUUCCUGUCUUUGGGAUCCUUAAUGAUUCCAUUACAAGUAAACUAAUUUCAUUGUUUUCUUUAAAAAAAAUUUCUAUAGUAAAUGCAAUACUGAAGAACUUAUCUCCAUCAACAUUUCAUUCAAUGGAAAUCCAACUGAAUAAAUAUUAUGCUUUGAGGAGUCUCCAAACUACACAUUUUAAGUCAAAACACAGAUAACAAUAAAGAAACAGCCGGAGACCCAAGGAUCUUCAGGCUUUAGACUAUAAAGCGCUGUAAUGAAGCAAAACUCAUGGCAUCUCAAUCUCUUUUAACUUUCAGGUGGACGGAUCAACGACAUAGUGGCAAACCUUGGGUUGCCACAACAACAAAAUUAGACUUUAACAUCAUUUGCACAUAAGGUUAAUACAAUAGAUGACAUCAAGUUAAAUUAGAUAUCAAUUCUCUCGCCAUCUCAAGUGUAGAUUUCAGAAAAACAUAAUUUAAAGAUACAAUUAAUAAUCAGAAUUUUUAUGUUUGGUGGAGAGAGUAAAUCCAAAAUAAACAACUCAAGUGGGGCAGGAGAGCACGCUCAAAACAACAUAAGCAAAGGUGAGAGCUAUAUUUUGCUAAUAUACUUUAUUAAUUAUUACUAUUUGAUUUAUUCGCCCUUUACUGAAUAAAAAAAAAUCAAAUUAAAAAAAAUAAAGAUAUGUUCUAUUCCUUUUUUUUUUUUUUUUGUAAAAAUAAGAAAAUUCAUUAAAGUCAUUAACUUGGCAAGAAUGAGAAUACAAAAUUCAUCUGGAGAAAAGAAUUGCAAGACACCAGCGACAGCCGCCACAGGCUCUUUCUCGCGACUUUUCCCUUACAGUCCAUAGAUCUCCAAGCUUACUGUGAUGGCGAUGACAGUACAGCAACUAGAGAGCUCGGUUAUCCUGUGAGGAGCGGAAGUGAACUCCGUUUCGUGGGAUCUUGCAACGGCCUGAUUGCUGCAGUUUUGGACUCUAACCCACAAAUCAUUAUGUGGAAUCCGUCUACCUGGGAAUCCGGGGAAUUGGCAAUGCCCAGUUGCUGUUUUCCAGACGAUAAGUUCACCUUGAUGAUUACAAAAUAGUACGAGGUUCCAUCUCUGCUUCGAGUUCUGAAGUUGAAAUGGAGGUCUUUAACUUGAAAGGUAAUGAGUGGAGAAGAAUACCAAAUCUCCAUUGUAGUGCUGCUUUCAUGGGCCCAGCUACUCAUCUAAAUGGAAUUCUGCAUUGG